AUGAGACGAGAUUUGAAAAUAUCUUUUUUUUUUUUUAAUUCAUCUUUUACAUUAACAAAUAUCUAUUUUCAUUCCAGCAUCGAGAACCUGCUGGCCUUCAGCAAGGACCUCCUGGCCGGUAAACUGGAGCCCUUCAUCAAGUCGGAGGCGGUUCCCGAAGAUAACUCUGGCCCAGUGAAAGUGGCUGUCGGCAAGAACUUCCGGGAGCUGGUGACUGACAGCGGACGUGAUGCCCUCGUCGAGUUCUACGCACCCUGGUGCGGACAUUGCCAGAAACUCGCUCCGGUGUGGGAGGAACUUGGUGAAAAGCUGAAAGGUGAAGAAGUAGACAUUGUGAAGAUUGACGCUACUGCCAACGACUGGCCCAAGUCUCUGUAUGAUGUCUCUGGAUUCCCCACCAUCUACUGGAAGCCUAAGGACUCCAACAAGAGACCUGUUAGAUACAAUGGUGGUCGCGCUAUCGAAGACUUCUUGAAGUAUGUGGCCGAACAGGCCAGCAGCGAGCUUAAGGGCUGGACAGAAAGGGCAAUGCCAAGAAGGAUGAACUGUAGAGUUGUGAAGCAAUAUGUGAAAGAUCUGCGAGUGAAUGUGUGUGUGAAUGCGCCUUUAACAAUAGAAAGUGGUGAGAAUGUAUCCAGUUUGCUCUUGUAUAGUAUUUACUUAUCAUUCCAUUUGAAUACUAUGUGAGAGCUAGUCUAAGUUAUUGAGUGUUUAUCUAAGCUCUGUCUCAAAUUGAAAUGAAAUUGUAUAGAUAAAACUCAAUAAUGUCAAAUACAGUAAAGUAAUUUUUAAUGCAUUUCUUAUAUUUGUCAGUGGAAUAAUAAUAAAUAGGUUAUUUAUA